UUAAAAAUAAAAAAAUAAGAAAGGAGGAAAAGUUCGAAGGCCAACUUGAGCAGGCACCAGAGCAGAGAGAGAGAGAGAGAGAGAGAGAUCUCCGGUUAGCUUCUUCAGACAACCGCAAUUCCUGUCAAAUCACAAUUCAACCCUCCGCAAGCUAACCGCUUAGAAAGCCAUUUCAUACAGUGCGUGAUUUUGCUUUUGCUUUUGCUUAUUCCUCCUGUUUGGUUACUCGGAAAAUCAGAAUCAAAGAAAAGGAAAGGAAAGGAGCAUGGUUGUUGAUGAGGGAAGAAGUUUCUAACUCCAUUUAGAUGAAUGCACGCACGCACGCACAUUUGAUUCCUCAAAUCCACACGGGAAUCUGAAUUCAAACCAAAUCUGAAGUGCGAUUCCGAUCUCGACGACUUCUAGUAGCUUCCGAAGAAGAUGCUGCGUCUGAAAGCUUUCCGGCCUUCGAAUGACAAAAUCGUUAAGAUCCAGUUGCAUCCCACGCAUCCGUGGAUGGUAACUGCGGAUGAUUCAGAUCGAGUCUCUGUUUGGAAUUGGGAACACCGCCAGGUCAUAUAUGAGUUGAAAGCUGGCGGAGUCGAUGAGCGGCGUUUGGUCGGUGCCAAAUUGGAGAAGCUAGCUGAAGGAGAAACAGAGUCUAGAGGGAAACCCACAGAAGCCAUUCGAGGAGGAAGUGUUAAGCAGGUAAAGUUUUUUGAUGAUGAUGUACGCUUUUGGCAACUUUGGCAUAAUCGGUCUGCAGCUGCAGAGGCUCCGACCGCUGUCCAUACUUCAGCUUUCAGUUCUCCUGCCGCAUCAACAAAAGGGAGGCAUUUUCUUGUCAUAUGUUGUUUAAACAAAGCUAUAUUUUUGGACUUGGUGACAAUGCGAGGCCGUGAUGUACCAAAGCAAGAGCUUGAUAACAAGUCCCUUCAUUGCAUGGAGUUCCUUUAUAGAUCCGGCUCUAGCGAUGGUCCUCUUGUUGCUUUUGGUGCAUCUGAUGGAGUCAUUAGAGUUCUCUCAAUGAUGACAUGGAAGCUCGUGCGAAGGUACACUGGAGGUCAUAAAGGAACAAUCUCUUGCUUGAUGUCCUUCAUGGCUGCUUCUGGCGAGGCUCUUCUGGUUUCAGGGGCUAGUGAUGGAUUGCUCAUACUUUGGAGUGCCGAUCAUGGUCAAGAUUCACGUGAACUUGUGCCCAAGCUUAGUUUAAAGGCUCAUGAUGGCGGGGUUGUGGCAGUAGAGCUGUCUAGGGUGAUGGGAGGUACUCCUCAGCUAAUUACAAUUGGUGCAGAUAAGACAUUAGCCAUAUGGGACACAGUCUCCUUUAAGGAACUGCGGCGUAUAAAGCCAGUUCCAAAAUUGGCUUGUCACAGUGUGGCUUCUUGGUGCCAUCCUCGAGCUCCAAACCUUGAUAUUCUAACCUGUGUCAAAGAUUCUCACAUUUGGGCGAUCGAACAUCCCACUUAUUCUGCUCUCACAAGGCCAUUGUGUGAAUUGACCACAGUUAUUCCUCCACAAGCCCUUGCUCCCAGUAAGAAACUGAGGGUGUAUUGUAUGGUAGCACAUACCUUGCAGCCACAUCUUGUUGCUACUGGAACCAAUAUUGGUGUUAUUAUCUGCGAGUUUGAUUCAAGAUCUCUUCCACCUGUAGCACCCCUACCAACCCCAUCAGAUAGUAGAGAGCAUUCUGCCGUAUUUGUAAUUGAAAGGGAACUAAAGCUAUUAAAUUUUCAGUUAAACAACUCUGCAAAUCCAUCUCUUGGAAAUAACAGCUCCUUGUCAGAAACUGGAAGACCUAAGGCAGAUUUUUUUGAACCAUUACCUGUCAAGCAGGGGAAGAAGCACAUUAGCACACCUGUUCCACAUGAUUCACACUCUGUUCUUUCUGUGAGCAAUUCAGGAAAGUAUUUAUCGGUCGUUUGGCCAGAUAUACCUUACUUCUCUGUCUACAAGGCCAGUGAUUGGUCGAUUGUUGACUCCGGCAGUGCAAGACUUCUUGCUUGGGAUACAUGUCGUGAUAGAUUUGCUAUAUUGGAAUCAGCAAUAACUCCUAGAAUUCCUAUAAUUCCCAAGGGUAGUUCAUCAAAGAGAGCAAAAGAAGCUGCUGCAGCACAAGCAGCAGCCGCUGCUGCUGCUGCUGGUACAGCUUCUGUUCAAGUCCGCAUCUUGUUAGAUGAUGGAACGUCAAAUAUACUAAUGAGGUCUGUUGGUGCACGCAGUGAACCAGUCAUUGGUUUGCAUGGAGGGGCACUGCUUGGUAUUGCCUAUCGAACAUCUAGGAGAAUCAGUCCUAUUGCGGCCACUGCCAUUUCAACAAUCCAAUCUAUGCCCUUAUCAGGUUAUGGAAGCAGUGGUCUUUCUUCUUUUACUACUUAUGAUGAUGGAUUUUCUUCUCAUCGAUCUCCAGCUGAGGCGGCACCUCAAAAUUUCCAGCUAUACAGUUGGGAGACAUUUCAACCUGUGGGGGGUUUACUUCCUCAGCCAGAAUGGACUGCUUGGGACCAAACUGUCGAAUACUGUGCAUUUGCGUACCAACAGUACAUAGUCAUAUCUUCUUUGCGCCCACAAUUUAGAUACCUGGGAGAUGUUGCAAUCCCUUAUGCUACUAGUGGUGUUUGGCACCGGAGGCAGCUGUUUGUGGCAACACCAACUACUAUAGAAAUUGUCUUUGUGGACGCUGGGGUUGCACAAAUUGACAUUGAAACUAAGAAGAUGAAAGAAGAGCAAAAAUUGAAAGAAGCACAGUCAAGAGCAGUCGCAGAGCAUGGAGAAUUAGCACUAAUUACAGUAGAAGGUCCACAAUCUACUACAGAAGAAAGAAUAUCAUUGAGGCCACCUAUGCUACAGGUGGUUCGAUUGGCUUCAUUUCAGCAUGCUCCUUCAGUACCACCUUUCUUAACAUCACCAAAACAAUCUAGAGUUGAUGGUGAUGACUCAUGGAUGGCAAAAGAAGCAGAAGAGAGAAAGGCAAGUGAGGUGGCUGUUGGUGGUGGGGGUGUGUCUGUGGCAGUUACUCGUUUCCCAAUGGAACAGAAACGUCCAGUUGGGCCUCUUGUUGUGGUAGGUGUAAGAGAUGGAGUUCUUUGGCUGAUUGACAGGUACAUGCGUGCUCAUGCCUUAUCCUUGAGUCAUCCUGGUAUUCGUUGCCGAUGUCUUGCUGCUUAUGGUGAUGCUGUUAGUGCAGUAAAAUGGGCAAGUAGGCUUGGAAGAGAACACCAUGAUGAUUUAGCACAAUUUAUGCUGGGAAUGGGCUAUGCUACUGAAGCACUUCAUUUGCCUGGAAUAUCUAAGAGGUUGGAGUUUGAUUUGGCAAUGAAGAGCAAUGAUUUGAAGAGAGCUCUUCACUGUCUUCUUACCAUGAGUAACAGCAGAGAUAUAGGACGUGAUGGUACUGGGCUUGGUUUGAAUGACAUUCUAAAUUUAUCAGAUAAAAAAGAAGAUAUUGCUGAAGGUUUUCAGGGUAUAGUAAAGUUCGCAAAAGAGUUCUUGGAUCUUAUCGACGCUGCAGAUGCUACAGCUCAGGGUGAAAUUGCUCGUGAAGCUCUCAAAAGGUUAGCUGCAGCUGGUUCAGUGAAAGGUGCUUUACAAGGUCACGAAUUGAGGGGAUUAGCGUUGCGCCUUGCAAAUCAUGGAGAGUUGACCAGGCUAAGUGGUUUGAUAAACAACUUAGUCACACUUGGGUUGGGACGAGAAGCUGCAUUUGCUGCUGCUGUUUUGGGUGACAAUGCUCUAAUGGAGAAAGCAUGGCAGGAUACUGGAAUGCUGGCAGAGGCUGUGCUUCAUGCUCAUGCACACGGACGUCCAACUUUGAAGAACUUGGUUCAGGCCUGGAACCAAGUACUACAGAGAGAGAUUGAGCCCACUCCAACACAAAAGACAGAUGCUGCUGCUGCUUUUCUAGCUUCUCUUGAGGAGCCUAAGCUUACGAGUUUGGCAGAUGCAGGGAAGAAACCGCCUAUCGAAAUCCUACCCCCGGGGAUGAUGUCUCUCAACGCUCCUAUCUCCAUCCAGAAAAAACCAGCUUCUGCUGCUCAGACAUCCCAACAACCAGCAGGCAAGCCAUUGGCGAUAGAAGCACCUCCUACAACCACAGCAGCGCCCGAGAGUGCUACACCACAGCCUGAAUCUGGGCCUGCACCAGCUAGUGAUCCACUCAAGUCAGAGUCUGCCUCAGACUCAACACCAGUUCCAGCAGCUACUCCACCUCAACCAGAAUCAGGUGAAACCACCGCAGAAAAUGGAGAUCCUACCACUACUAAACCGGGAAGUGAUGAAAAUCCAAAUGUUAAUGGGGAAAAUCCAACUGUUCAAGCAGAGCCUACGACCGGUCCAGCACCUCCUGAGGUCCCAUCACCAGCUGCAGAAGUUACAGAGACUAAUGCUCCAAGUCCAACAACAGUGCCUGUGAGUGAGCCCCUCGUAUGAUUGGCUAUCCCUAUGGCAGUGUUGACUCGAGCACUUGGUAAAUGGAUGCAUUUCCAAUUCAAGUUUUAUUUUGAUAUAUUUGUAAAGAUAUCAUUUCAGAGAAAGGGAAAUCUACUAUUGGUAUCGAGCAGCUGUGUUUCCCCUUUUUUCUCUCAAUUUUUACAGACACUUGUAACAAGCUGUAAGUGUUCUCUCAUUGUGACAUUGACAUGAUUAUCCUGACACAUACGGGUGUAUUAUUUUUUCUUCCUAUUUUGAUUUUUGUUGAUUGUCUAAAAUUUUGUUUAAACAUUUAUUUUAAAAUUAAACUAUAUCUUGGCUUUC